AUGGCCUGUCCAGCUCCUCCGUCUUCUGGUCUCAGUGUGGACCCCUCUUCCUCCAGGAAGUCUUUUGGACCGACCCCUACGCCUCUCCCAUCCUGGGGCCUCCCAGGGGAUGCCUCCACUCCACAUAACUUGUCUCUGACGUUUCCUGGGCCCCCAGACUGCACCAGCGGGAACCCAGAGUCUGCUGCUCACGGGCAGACCCCUCCUCCCUCACCCCAGUGCACCCCUUACCCAGUGCGCCUGGGGACACCGUGUGGGUCAGGACGGGAACUGAAGUUGGGGGUGGGAUGGGGCAGAGAGGGCACUGGGAGGCUCAUCUUGGUCUGA